GGAUGUUUCACAGCAGAGCGUCUGAAAUAACAGUUGCACCGAUCGUCUCCACUAUUUCACACGACAUUUUCAACAUUUGGAGACAGGUCAUAUAACAGGAGGGAACCAUCUUUACACCAAAGUGAAACCAGCGAUGUGCUGGAGGAGAACCGCAGGACAUUUUUGCAUUGGCAUGCACUGCUGAUCACUCAAGGCCCUGGUUUGGAGCCUGAGGCAGUUGCUGUCUGAGGUCACAGGAAGAGAAGACACAGAGAGAUGCAGAGAGAAGAGUGGGAGGUGUGUGAGGUGCAGGGGAUGGAGUCAGGGGAGAGUGAAAGCAGCAAACAUGAAGUCAGGAAAGAAGGCCAGACUAGUUUUUCUUGUUCCUGCAUAUCUGCUCAAGGUGGGACGGGCUCAUGUAAACAGCUCGGCUCAGAGCACACACAGCUCAGCAUGAGGACUGGCUUCUGUGCUGUGGACUGAAUCGCUCAAAAGACACCGUAAGAUGUCUGCACCACAUCCACCCCUGGUCCCUAGAAAACCCUCCGGUGUCCAAGUCAUGCCACGUCCAGGAGGACAGCCUCCUCCUGCUGCUGGUGGUGGUGGCGUACCAACGUUCACAAACUUUGCCAAAGGUAUAUUCAUCUGUGUGACGGCUGAGGCUGGAUCAUGUUCUGCACAGCAGCAGUCCUUCAAGUCUGCUUUAAACAGCUGUGAUUUUCCCCUCUGCUCAGAGAACGACGCCAUCAGAGACUCACAACUGACGCCUCAGCUGGACGCAGAGAGAGAAGUGACCAUUCUCAACCACUGCUUUGAUGACAUUGAGCGAUUCAUGGGUCGCCUACAGCAAACGGCCGAGGCCCAGGGCAUUCUGGACCAAAGAAACAAAAAGAAGAAAAGCAAGAAGAGCAAAAACAAGGCAGACUUCAAUGAUGAUUUGUUGACCAUGAAAGCCUGCCCUCCAACAGAGGACGAAUUUGUCAACAUCUUCCAGAAAUUCAAGUAUUCCAUCAGUCUGCUGGAUCGUCUUAAGUCGUCCAUCGUUCAGCCUAAGGCUCAAGACCUGCUGCACUGCAUCUUCGUACCUCUCAAGCUAAUGGUGAAAACUACUGGAGGCCCAGACUUGGCUUCUUCAGUCUUAAGUCCUGCUAUGACCAGUGGUGCUGUUUCAAUGCUGCAGGAACAUCUGACCCAGGAGGAAAAGGAUCUGUGGACAUCAUUAGGGUCCAACUGGACUUCCUCCUGUGCAAGUCUUAAUAUCCCUGUCCCUCCAUACUCUCCCGUCUUCCUGGAUGGAUGGAAGCCUGUGACCCUUGACUCAAGCGGCCAACCUCUGGAAGAUCCCAUAGAGAUGCAACACAAGCAGGAAGCCUUCAAGAAGAGGAUGGAGCUUCACAAUGUACAGAAACUAAUUCAACAACCAGUGGUUCCUGUGGAGAGCACUGAGGAGGUAGAUGGUAACUGUCUGCUACCAGAGGGUGAGAGAUUCUACUGCUGCAGUUAUGAUUUUGUGGCUAGAAACAGUAGCGAACUUUCUGUCAUGCAAGGAGAAACACUCGAGGUGCUGGAGUCAUCAAAGCGAUGGUGGAAAUGUCUGAAUCGCUUUGAGCAGAUUGGCUUUGUUCCCUAUAACAUCCUGGAACCUCUGUCUGCUCUGAACAACACAGACAGGACCAGUGCAGUGGUCCGCAGAGAGACAAAGACUGCUCUCACCCCACGGACGAGGUACUUUUCUUACGCUCCAUCGAGUUCAGACGCUAACAGUCCUACAGCUACAAGUCCAACGCUGCGCCCUCAGAGCAUGAUUUUACCUUCAACAGUCGUAGAGGACACCGACAGAGUUCUCAUAAUGAACGAUGAACUACGGCAGAAAAUAGCUGGGAGAAGAGGUGCAGGACGUCCGACUGUUGCCCACCGGACGUCUGACCCUGCUCCCUUAAAUUAUCACUCACAAGUGGCGGAGGUGAACGACUGGCUCCAGGCUAAAGGCUUCAACCAGCAAACAAUUCAGAGUUUCGGAGUUUUAAAUGGAGCGCAGCUGUUUUCCCUGACCGAGGAGGAGCUGAGUACAGUGUCCCCAGAAGACGGUGCCAGAGUUUACAGCCAGCUACUGUUGCAGAAAGCUGUUCUAGAGGACGUGCGUAAAGCAUCAGAGAUGGAGAAUCAGAAGCAGAAGAUGAAAUGAUGAAGUGAAGACUUUGACUGAAGCCACCACAGAAGAACCAAAGAUCAGUGGACAUGAAAAUGUUGGCAGGAGAGACAGAACCACAGACGGGGGUCUCGAUCAAACUGUCUCUUCUGUUACAGAUUCACUGUUGUGAAAACUAUUUAUCAAUGUAACUAUGGAAAUGCAACUGCUGCAAAAAUCUUCUUUUGAUGAGGUUUUCAAACUUUUGUACAUUUUUUUUCUUCCAAAAAUAUAGUUGAAUAAACAUAUGGUAUGAAGCCAAUACUCUGAUAAUCAUUUUCAUUUGUUAAUGUCAUUACAUAAAGACACAUUUCACAAAAAAGAUAAAAUCAAAAUCUAUUAAGACAAAAGCUGCAAACAUCAAACUUAAUGUACAAACAAUCCAGGGUUUCCAAGAAUUGCCAUUACACAGAAAAGCAAUAAGAAGAAAAAA